AUGGAAUACUUAACGAGGAAAACGCAACCUCUUCUCGAGAAACGCGAUAACUUGACAUCGACAGUUGUACGAAUUACUUGUCAAAAUGACAAAAGGAUCAGUUGCAGCGACGAUAACGAUUUCCCAGUGAAAAUUAUCCACAAUUUAGUAUAUAGCAAUGUAGCUCAGAUUUGCUGGAUAAAAAAUUCUGAAACAAGACAAAUAUUUCAUACAUCGCUUAAAUCUUCUCAGCUUUACAUAGAAUUAUACUUGUUGUUAGAAUUAAAAUUCAACUCUUCAGUUAUAAAAUUAUGUAUCUUGUCGGAACCUUGUGACCUGGCAGAGCCAAAGCUGAGGCAGCGAAAUGAGCGAGUCUGUAAAGGUGGCGGUGAGAUGCCGACCGAUGAACCCUCGGGAGCUGCAACAGGGAUGCAGGGUACGUUCAUGCAGACGGACUGUUGUGAAUUUCACGGCGCAUGCAUCCAUGCCAGCCAAUGCACUGCACUUCACUCGAUUUUGUUUAUUCGUAGAAAGUAUGUGGAAAAACUUGUUAUUGUUCUAUCGAGCGCGUUGUAGCCUAGCGACUAGAUCAAAACACGCAAGCGGCAUGCACCGACGCUGCAACUUUCUUUCCUUUGUUUCUUCUUUUUCUUUUUUAACUGGAAAAUUUCUUACCGUGAAUCUUUACGUUUCAUUCAAGUCCUUGCAACGAAUGUGUUUCAUUUGAGCUUGAUUAAGUGGAUAAAGUAGACAAAGUUCGUUGAAUAAAGUCUCAUCAUUAGUCUCGAAGAUCAUCAUUUACCUACAGAUUUUUACGUUUUUUUUUUUUUUUUUUUUUGAAUUGUUCAACAGCUUCUUCUUAAUGUCGUUCUCGUGGCUCGUUAGCGAUAAUGACGUGACCUUAAAGCUUGCAAUGACUUGUUUAAGCAAAUGA